AUGAGCGCCGUGUCGGCGGCGGCUGUAAAAGAGCUUCGCGACAAGUCUGGCGCCGGCAUGAUGCUCUGCAAGAAGGCGCUCACAGAGUGCAACGGCGACAUGGAGGAGGCGGUUAAGUGGCUUCGCAAGAAGGGCAUGGCGUCGGCGGACAAGAAGGCGGGUCGCGUCGCCGCGGAGGGUGCCAUCCACUCCUACAUCCAUGGGGGGUCCCGCCUCGGCGUUCUCGUCGAGGUCAACUGCGAGACCGACUUUGUGGCGCGCGGCGACAAGUUCAAGGAGCUCGUCGCCGACAUCGCCAUGCAGGUCGCCGCCUCCCCCGGUGUCGAGUACGUCUCGCCCGAAGACGCGGACCCAGCCAUGGUCGCCGCCGAGAAAGAGCUCAUGAUGAAGAUGGAGGACGUUGUCUCCAAGCCCGAGAACAUCAGAGAGAAGAUCAUCCAGGGCCGCCUCAGCAAGGUUGUGAACGAGAAGGCGCUCCUCAAGCAGCCCUUCAUCAAGGAUCCGUCCAAGACGGUCGAACAACUCAUCAAGGAGGUCACCGCGGAGAUUGGAGAGAAGAUCUCCGUCCGCCGUUUCGUCAAGUACAACCUCGGUGAAGGCAUCGAGAAAAAGGUGGAAGAUUUUGCCGCCGAAGUUGAAGCCACCAGGACCGCAACCUGA